AUGUCUAUUAAUCGAUAUACACGAACGGUAACUGAUGUACUCAGUUUACGUUUUAAUCAAGAUUCAACUUGUUUUAUUUGUGCUACAUGUGAUGGUAUUCGAAUAUUUAAUGUUGAACCAUUUUCACAAAAAAGUUUUCUUGAUGUUGGACGUGCUACUUAUGCAGAAAUGCUCUAUCGUACAAAUUUAAUAGCAUAUGUUCCAGCUGAUCAUGUUACUGGUUUACCAUCGAAUGUUGUAAAUGUAUAUGAUGAUGAACAAAAAGCACAUGUACUUGAAUUAUGUUUUAGUUUACCUGUAGUUUCUAUACGAAUGUCAAGAACAAGACUUAUUGUUAUACUUAUACGCAAAAUUCAUAUUUUCUCUUUUCCUAAUCAAUGUCGACUUUUACAUACAAUUGAUACAAAAGAUAAUCCAAGAGGUCUUUGUGAAUUAUCAAAUAAUGAUGGAUCCUUACUUGUUUUUCCUUUUAAUUCAAGUACUAGAGGUGGUUUUGUUCAAUUUUUAGUAAGUUAG